AUGGACGAUCUGACGAAGAAAAAGCGAGUUAGAGGAGGCCACAGAGCAUCGGCAAGUAAGCUUGUGGCAAAGAUAAUGGAAGCGAUACCGAAAGCAAGCCCAGAGAGCCCAGAGAAGGACUUAGUAUGGCUGAGACAAAGCCAGAUCACAUUACGAGACAAAAUCAAAAUGUUGAAAGAGCUCGAUGAACAAGUCAUUGAUAUACUCAGCGCAUUGAAAGACGAAGACGUCGACGAACAACUUGGCAAAGAGAUCGAGGAUUCAGACGAAGCGAUCGCAGAAUUGGAAAGAACGUUGCUUCAACUCGAUGACGCGCUAGGAAAACUCGGAGGACAAAGCCUGCCAUUGUUGACGCCAACGAAUCUCACAUCAGCCGAAGGAAACCUUGAUCAAAGUCAUGUUUCAAUAUCAAGUGCGGGUAAAAUCAUAAGAGCGAAGCUUCCGAAACUUAGACUACGGAAUUUCGGCGGAAAGAUUUGUGAAUGGCCAGAGUUUUGGGAUGGAUUUUCCAGCUCGAUAGACAACAAUGACCAAUUGUCGGAUGUUGACAAGUUCGCCUAUCUGCGCGGAUAUUUGGAAGGGCCAGCAAAGUCUACCAUCGCUGGUCUCUCGUUGACGGGAGCGAAUUACAAGUGUGCGGUGGAAUUGUUAAAGAAACGGUUCGAAAAGAAAAGCGCAGUACAACGGGCGCACGUAAAUGAACUGAUACAAUUGCCGGCGGUUUAUAAAGAAAGAGAUACACAAAGAUUACGGAAGUUGUAUGACAGCUGCGAAGCGAACAACCGCGCAUUGAAAGCCCUGGGAGUGAACGAAGACUCGUAUUCAGCCAUUGUUGUUCCGACAAUCAUGGAAAAGUUGCCAGAACAGUUUCGUUUGACCAUCACGCGAGGGCAGAACUUUCUGGAAUGGUCGAUGGAAGAAAUGUUAAACGCUUUUGAGAAGGAACUCGAACUUCGUGAAGCACACAAUGCAGUGGGAACGAAUUCGGAUCGAGAGCAGGAAAGACACGAGAGAAAUUCGGGUAAUAUAAAGAAAUAUGGCCAACGUCAUCAUGGAACUGCAGCUGCAUUGUUAGCAAACGAAAGGAGAGGAAACUGUGCAUUCUGUCUGAAGAACCACAACCAUGAAGACUGUGAGGGAGUGAAAGAUCCGAGGACACGAAAGAGUUUGGCUCGUAAAUACGGUAGAUGUUUUCUUUGUUUAUUUAAGGGCCAUAGAGCCAGUAAUUGUACUGUUAAAAAUAGGUGUAAUGUUUGCAAUGGGGCACAUCAUGUUGCAUUGUGUGAUGCAAGCCCUAAAGAAGACGAUAAACGUGAUAAAACAGUCAAACCUGACGAAGAAUCUAAACAGGUCCCUGUUAAUACUAAUGUGCAUGUGACUAGUUCCAGUAGUAACUUGCAUGCGGGAACUGGUAGCCUGGUUGCCUUGCAAACUGCACGCGGGGUUUUAAGGGGUGAAAGGGUGGCUAAG